AUGCCGAACCCAUACAACAUCACCGAUAUCAACAACUUGCCACCUGGUGUGACCAUCGACGACGUAUCGCCCUAUGGCUACGUUCCUACACAGGGCGUCUCUAUCCUAUUCCUUAUUCUUUUUGGCGCUAGUACAGCGAUGCAUCUGGCGCAGGCGAUCUACUUCAAACUGUGGUUCCUACUCCCGACCGUAGUUCUUUGCGGCUUGGGCGAGCUGACGGGCUGGAGCGGCCGGCUGUGGUCAUCGUACAACAUUCUAAAUGGCAACGCCUUUCUCAUGCAGAUCACGACUACUAUCAUCUCGCCGACACCCUUGAUUGCUGCGAACUUCAUCAUGCUUGGAAGGAUCAUCCUACGGCUCGGCGAAGGCUACAGUCGUCUGAGCCAGCGUUGGUAUACCCGUGUCUUCUUGACCUGCGAUAUCGUUGCUCUUGUCAUCCAAGGCGCAGGAGGCGGCAUCGCGUCUAGCGCUCAUACUCAUUCUGGCUCAGAACUCGGUUCCAACAUCAUGCUGGCUGGCAUCAUCUUCCAGCUCAUCUGCAUCGUGAUCUAUACCGCUCUCGCGGCAGAGUUUCUUUGGCACUAUGGCAAGGACAUGCCCUUCCGCCGCGCGUUCGUACACAUGCACCGCUCCAAGACUGCCCGCCGCUUGAAGAUCAUGCUGUUCGGCAUGUGCAUCAUGACCGUGCUCCUCUUCAUCCGCUCUGUCUACCGUACUGCCGAGCUCGCAGGCGGCUGGCACGGAACGAUCAUCACCACUGAGUGGCUUUUCGACGUAUUCGAUGGGGCCAUGGUCGUGGGUGCCAUGCUCACGCUGAACGUCAUUCAUCCCGGUUUCUUCCUUGUACCCGAGGAGAUCCCCGCCGAGGCUGCGACUUACAAGAUGGACCCAAAGACGAGCUCAGUCUCUGCCGAGAACAUGCUGGAGUACCAGGAUAGUACUGGUGCCGUAUGA